AUGAUGCACAACUUCUCCAAGCUGGGUCAGGAGGAUUGUUUGUUCCUGAAUGUGUAUUCGCCUCGCCUGCCGGAGUCAAAAGAAGAGAAGGGUCUCCCGGUUAUGGUUUGGGUGCACGGUGGUGGUUUCAUCAGCGGAUCUGGCGACGACGACAUCUUCGGCGUUGAUUAUCUCCUUGACGAGGAUGUCGUCGUGGUGACGUUCAACUACCGCUUGGGCGUCUUCGGCUUCAUCACGACCGAGGACGGCUUCGCCACCGGCAACCUGGGCCUCCGUGACCAGGCUCUGGCGCUUCAGUGGGUGCGUGAUAACAUCGCGGCUUUCGGAGGUGACCCAGAACUCGUCACUAUCUUCGGGGAAUCUGCAGGAGGUGCCAGUGUUUCGCUUCUGGUAGCCAGUCCUCUUACAAAGGGCCUGUUCCACCGGGCCAUCAGUCAGUCGGGGUCUGCCAGCUCUUGCUGGUGUCUGGCGGGAGACCAGCAUGAAGAGUUGGCGGUGCUUACCACUGGACUCGGCUGCCCCGAGAGCGGUGCAGCCGCGCUGGAGUGCCUCCGUCAGAAACCUGCCGAUGACAUCAUGAAGGUGGUGGCUAGUGUUGGUUUCGAUGCUGGCGGCCUAGCUCUGCAGUUUCAUCCUCGUGUCGAUGCCGAUGCGAAGGAACCGUUCGUGCCCGAUCAGCCUAACCGCCUACUGAAGAGCGGUCGCUUCAACAGGGUGCCUUGGAUGAUGGGUUCCACGCAGGACGAGGGUCUCUUCGUCGCCGGCUUCCUUCACCGUGACUCUGAGGGUCUUGCUCGCGCACUCAAGGGAGACUUAGAGGCAUGGUCGUCCGCGUCGUUCCUUUGCGGAGAAGGCCUUUCAUCUAAGACCGUCAACGGCGCUCCUCUUGAAGUGGCCGAGAAGAUCCGCGACUUCGUCCUGAGUAAGGGAGGCAACCCCACCGCGGCGCUCAUCAAGUUCUUCAGCGACCGUUUCUUCACACUGGGCAUGAGUGCCGAGCUGUCCCUGGCUUCCGAGCUUGUCCCCGUCUACCAGUACCUGGUGGACCAUAUCGGCCCCGGCCAGAUGCGCUUCGCCGAUAUGAUCGGUGUCGAGGCACCUCCUCUGCCUCUCGUCUCCCACGGAGACGACAUGGCCUACCUCUUCCGCGCGGCUCUCCAGCGUCGUCCGGAGCCAGGAUCGCCCGAGUACGCGCUCGUGCGACUGUUCGUACGGCUGUGGACGAGCUUUGCUCAGCACGGCUACCCAUCAGCUCCUGAGCUGGGAGUAGAGGACUGGCCCAUCUACACCUCCCAGAGCGGGACCUACCUCCGGCUGAACGCUGCUCCGGCGCUUGCCGAGAAGUUCGCCGAAGAGCGUGUCCGUUUCUGGGAAAGCCUUCCUCUGAAGGAGCCGUGGAACGCGCAACGCUGGAGUUCGUCGAAAGACGGUCAUGAUGAACUGUGA